AAAGUAGUUAAUCUGAAAGUAAAAGACCCUAAUGGCUAACCAGGAGAAGCUUCCGUGGGAUUUGACUGAAGAGAUCCUCUCUUGUGUCCCUCCUGAAUCUCUUGUCCGGUUCAGAACCGUCUCCAAACAAUGGAACGCUCUUUUAAGCGACAAGACGUUCAUAAAAAAACACAAGACCAAGAUGACGUAUCGAUUCAUCUUAGCAACCAAAUCCAAGAUUUAUUCGGUAAGCGUCAAUCCAAAGAUCGAGGUGCAUGACUUGACGUUAGAUAUUCCUGCUUUAGAACCUCAUGAGUUACCUAGACGCUUGAUGGAUUGCGAUGGGCUUUUGCUAUGUGACAUGGGUAAAAGAGGCAUGGUUUCGAACCCAUGGUUAAGACAGACUAGAUGGGUCGAGCACGAGGGUAACCAUAGUAGUUUUGAAUUCUGUGGCAUAGGUUAUGAUGAUGAUAAUGGUUACAAGACCCUUGGGACUCAUCGGACGGAACUAGAUCCUACAAAGACAUUUUGGAAAACCCUUGAUUUUUCAUCCGAUGCAUGGAAGGAACAAAGAGGUGUGAUGAAGUCUAGUACUAGUAGUACUACUGAGGAUGCUGUAAUUGCUUUUUACAGUACCAGUGGUGUGUCUUUGAAUGGAACUUGGUAUCGUGUUGCUUCUUAUAACGAAACCAAGUACUCGUACUUCAUAGUUAACUUCGAUUUUACUAAGGAAACAUUCAACCAAUUGUGUGAUCUGCCAUGUGAGGAUAACAAGCAUGAGGAUGCUCUUGUUCUUAGGGUAUUUAUGGGAGAUCGGUUUUCGUUGUUAAAGCAAUCCCAUCUAACAAAGAAGAUUCAGAUUUGGGUGACCAAGAACAAGAUUCAUAAACGGGGUGGUAGAGAUGUGGAAUGGAUGAAUUUCAUGGAAGUGUCAAUUCCUAACUUGCCGGAUUUGGUACAGCCAAGUUACUUCAUCAACGAUAAAACACUUGUAGUGUGUUCUUGCGACAAAGAUGGUCAAGCUUGGAUCUAUGUUGUGGAGAACAAUAACUUGAUCAGUAAAACCAAAAUAGAUCUUGUUGCCGAUAAUUUUUGGCCUUCGCAUUGCUCUUUUAUUCCCAGCUUGGUCUCGGUUCCUGGAGUAAAAAAAGAAGAACCAGAAUGACUAGUUUAAUCUCGUUACAUUCAGCUUCUUGUUUGGUUCUUGAGGACGCUUCGGUUGAUUUGGGUUUUGUUGUUUUCAUUAUUAACAACCUUCUUUGUUGGAAGUAGAGAUUUUGCUAAAUUUCCUUUUUGUUUUGCUUUUAUUUUCUCAGAAUGAUUUCUUU